GUGACCAUCAUCGUCAGUUUAGCUUUUGAUGCCGGCUACAACAGCUCAUUAGCAAUCUGUAAUUGAGUACAUCGUGAAAACAUUGAACCAUUUCAUUUUUCAUUUGGAUUCGUAAGAAAGAUGAGUAGAAAAAGUGCGAAAGGACUUCCUCCUGGAUGGAAGCGUCAAGUUAAAAUUAGGCAAAACGGUAAAACUGCUGGAAAAGAGGAUACUUAUUUAUUCAGUCCGGACAAUGUCAAGAUCAGGUCUAAAGUAGAACUGGAGGCAUACCUUAAAGAGAGGAAGUCUAAACUUACAAUCAAGGAUUUCAAUCUACCAGCUAAGAAAAUUGUAUCUGCAUCUGCAGUGAAGAAGAGCAAAGGCAAAAACACUGUUGCGGAUAAGAAAACUGCUAAAAAAUCAUUGAAGCCACAAGAUAGAAAAUCUAAGAUUAUUUCCAAGAAAACGACUACUAAGUUUGACAAGAAGCAAAAUGAUGGACAAUUGGAUCAAGUAUUUGAAAAAACUGCAAAAAAAAGCAGUGAAGCUGAUGAAUCUACUGACAAAAGUAAAGAUAAAGAGCGAGAAAAAAUAAUCCCAAAAGUGGCAAAGAAAUUUCCCAGCAAAACAGUGCGUCCAUGCAUUGUUAAUAUGGAAAAUGAGAAAGAUUUGCCGGAUUUAAAAACUAAUAAAAGAGCUACCAAUUCAUUGGAAAAUCCUAAUACUCCACCUAAAGUUGCCAGGCGCCGGGCAGAGUCUCCUGUAAAGAGUGUCACCCCAAAAAUUUCUUCUAAAAAUAAAAAAAAUUAUUGUUCAAAUGCCAGUCAUCUUUCAUGCAUUAUAUUUCAUAAUCAAUUCAUAUCUGUGGAUGUUAAUGUUGCCAAAAAAAUCAUCCUAUUUUAUUUACACAUUUGUAGUUUUUGGUGCCUUUUUAAAUAAAAAAAAAUGUUCUAUA